AGUAGCUAGCUAGCUAACGUUGUUUAACUAGCUAAAAAUGCAAAUUUUUCAAAAUGAAUAUGAAAUAUCCAAGCCUAUAGUAGCUAGUUAACUUUGGAUAACAUUAUUUUUUGCAUGUAAUGAGUGUUUGUCAUGUCAAUGAUGGAUAACAAUUCAACAACAACGUUGAGUAUUGAACAUUUCCAGAUUAUUGGUCUAUGUGAAAAAUGUUAACCUGUAUGUAUGGUUUCCGUAGAUUGAACCAACCGGUUCAUGACAUUACAGCGCUGUCAGCCAUGUCCAGACUACAUCACCUGUAUGGCCUGUUGAGGUACCUGAUGAUGUUACUCAGUGGCAUCAUAUUUGUGAGUGGCCUUGUGCUGUUUGGCCUAGGCGUGUGGAUUAGGUACGGGGCGGCCACCUUUGUCCAGGUGAUGGGCUCUUUCUCGGCACAGCUGGUGACCAUCAGCUAUGUGUGUAUGUGCCUGGGGGCCAUCCUGUCUCUGCUGGGGUUCAUUGGCUGCUACGGGGCCUGGAGCGAGAACCGCUGCCUCAUCUUGCUGUAUUUCUUCAUCGUGUCCAUGAUGUUUACAGCUGAGGUUACUGGGGUUAUUUUCAUCUUGGUGUACAAAGAUCUGGUGGAGGUUAUGAUUCGUGGAGCCAGUAAGGACUCUUUACGGAUGUCCUAUAUGGGACCAACGGCUUCAGACCCCAUAUCAACAGCCUGGAACACCAUCAUGGUCCAUUACAAGUGCUGUGGCUUUGACAACUCCACGGAUGACUUCAAGAACUCCGUGUUCAGUGCUAACACUGGCCUGUUGUACCCCAAGACGUGCUGUGUUGACCUGACGAGCACCGCCUGCGACGGCCUCGACACCACCCAGGGCCUGAUACACCCAAAGAGCUGCAUUACCAAACUGAUCAAUGUGAUCCGGGACCAGAGCGUCAUCUUUGGCUCCACUGCUUCUGGGAUCUGUGUCAUGGAGUUGGCGUCCAUGAUGGUGUCAGUAGUGUUGUUCGUCAGACUAGGCAACACCUAUUAUUAGACCAGCAGCAACACAGAGAACAGAGCCUGACCCAGGCAUGGUAGGUCAACCAGACCAGAGACAACACCAUAAUAAAUUAAA